CUUGCCUGAGCACGCCCAGCCUUGCUCAGCCAGGUGUUCCCUGAAGAAAGAGUAAGACAUGGCAUCUAAGUUGCCAAAGGGCUGAGCAGAAAAUGCUCCUCGCUGUGAACGCAGUUCAAUAUUAUCCAGUCUCACAAGGGUCUGUGUUGUGUGAACGAGAAGCGGGAGCCCUAGGGCCGCUGAGCUGGGCGUGAGUUGGGCGUUAUUUGUACGACUGCCUGCCGGUGCCACUCCAGCUGGGAGCGCCCCCACUCUGCCCGGCACCCAGCAGAGCCAGCUCCCAGCAUUGCUUUCCUCCUGCUGCCAUGGCAGGUCUGGUGAUAGAAGUGGAGCCAGACUUGAGGAAGCAGGGGAAAGGGCUUCCUCUCUGGCACCUGCAGACUUCUGAGAGCUUCCCAGCAGUGGAUUGCAGCUGAGCUGUCUCUGAUCUUUCCCUGCUCGGAGCUCUCCCAGCCUGAGAACCAGAGGCCCUGGGUCCCAGCAAUUCACUAACUUGCCUGCAGCCUUUGGCAGGAAUUCCAGCAGGAAGAUCGUGACCUCCAACAAGUUUUACCGGAAGACCCAGGUGGAUCUGGACCUCUGCUAGGUCCUGACCUGGCUCAUCAAAGUGUCCAGCUGGAUGACCAAGCAGCCCAGAGCGUGGGGCGGGGGGCUGGCGAUGGUCAGAUCACACGAGAAGAGCUAGAGUAAUGAGCAGUUGUUCGGAUGCCCUGUGCCUUAUUGAACACUCCCUCGUGGAUGGUCACUACAGAAUCCCUCUAACAAAGAUGAAGACCAUGCGAGAAACCCUCAGGGAAAAAAACUUGCUGACAAACUUCCUGUUGAAGAACAAUGGCAACUGGUCCCAGAGUGUUGGCAACAGGUCCCAGAAUGUUGCCUAUUACCCGAAAAUGACUCUUCAUCCCCUGAGGAACUACCUGGAUCUAGCCUAUGUCGGCAACAUCACCAUUGGAACGCCCCCUCAGCAGUUCAGGGUCGUCUUUGACACCGGCUCAGCUGACCUGUGGGUGCCCUCCAUCUACUGCUACAGUCGCCCCUGCCGUACACACAAGCUCUUCAACCCUCACGCAUCCACCACCUUCCGGCUCUGGGGCCGGUCCAUCGACCUCACCUACGGCUCCGGGAGGAUGGUUGGAUUUCUUGGCUACGACACUGUUCGGAUCGGGAAACUUAUUGACAUGGGCCAGCCAUUUGGCCUGAGCAAGUUACAGUUUGGGAUGGAAGAUGCACCCUUUGAUGGCAUCCUGGGCUUGGGCUACCCCAGCCUCGCCAUCCAAGGGACCACCCCCAUCUUCGACACCCUGAAGAAACGAAGCCUCAUUCCUCAGUCUGUCUUUGCCUUCUACUUGAGCAGCCAGAAGGAGAAUGGCAGCAUUGUGAUGUUAGGCGGGGUGGACCACAGAUACCAUAAAGGAAAGCUCCAGUGGAUACCAGUGUCCCGACCUCACUACUGGCAGAUAACCAUGAACCGCAUCACCAUAAACGGUGUGGCUUUUGGUUGUUGCCGCGGCUGCCAGGCCAUUGUGGAUACCGGGACGUCGUUCCUAUUUGGCCCAAGUAGAGUGAUCACCGCCAUCCGAAGGCUCAUCGGCGCCCGCCUUGUCGAUAACGAGGUGAAGGGUCACGCCACAGGGUCACUCCGGGGCUCUCCACGCACCAGGGAUCACCUGGGCCAACCUCUCUCCCUCUUUCUCUAACAGUAUGCGGUUUCAUGUAGCUAUGUGGCUCGCCUGCCUACAAUCAUCUUCAGCAUCAACGGCAACGACUACCCAGUGCCCCCUCAAGCCUACAUCAGAAAGAGCCUUCGGGGCAAAUGCCUCAGCACCUUGGCAGGGGGCACAGAGAACAUCAGCCGCUCGGAGACCUGGAUCCUGGGCGACGUCUUCCUGAGGCUGUAUUUCUCGGUUUACGAUCGGGGAAACAACAGGGUUGGCCUGGCUCCCGCAGUGUAAAGGCUGGGGCCGCUUCAGCAGUCAGGCCCCCUCCAAACACACACUCACUCACACGUAGGGCACUCCUACCCAGGGAUGGCGGUGGACUGUGGUGCUCUGCAAAGCCCCAUUCUCAGCAAAGAAUAAAAGUUUCC